AUGAAUGGAAGUGAAUUAAAAGGAGCAUUUCGUGGUGAAACACGUCGAAGUUUAAGAUCAGGUUUUGGUGUUUAUCAAUAUUCAAAUCCAUUCUUUCGAUAUGAAGGAACAUGGCAUGAAGGCAAAAAACAGGGUUUUGGUAAAUUAUUAUUUGGUGAUGGUUCAUAUUAUCAAGGAGAAUUUGUUGAUAAUGAAAUAACAGGACAAGGUACACGAUAUUUUGCAACAUCACGUAAUACAUAUACAGGUCAUUUCUAUUAUGGUGAAAUGGAUGGACAUGGACGAUUAAGAUUGGGUAAUGGUGAUUGUUAUGAAGGAAAUUUUAAAUCAAAUACUUUUGAAGGCGAAGGUAGUUAUCUGUCGUAUGAUAAACAAUUAUAUACUGGUACAUGGCAUAAGAAUCGUCGUCAUGGUCAAGGAGAACAAACAUAUACUGAUGGAACUCGUUAUUCUGGUGAUUGGAUUGCUGAUAAACGACAUGGUUUUGGUAAAUUAACUAAUGGACAAGAUGAAUCACUUAUCUAUGAAGGUAGUUGGAGAAAUGAUUUAAUGCAUGGUGAAGGUACAUAUAGUAUUGGUGAAACUUAUACAUAUCGAAAUGCUAUGUUAAUUAAUAGUUAUCCAACUGGAUGGCCAUUUCGAUUAUGUAUUAAUAAGGAUAAAGCAUCAACACUUCUACUUACUGAAAAUCCAAUAACAAUAACUAUUGAUAUUGUUGAUUCUUCUGAAAAUAAUAAUAAUCGAGUUAAAGCUGAUUGUGGACGUUUAAUUCGAUUACGUUGUGGUCAACGAACUGAUCAUCCAACUAGUGAUAGUUUACCAACACCAUUUGGUUUUCAUGUUAAUUUGAUUGCAAGAAGUACAAAAGCUUCGUCAUCAAAUGAUCAAUCAAUAUCAGAAUUAAAUGAACAAUCUGGUGGUGAUGAAGUUAAAGAAUCGAUUGAAGAUUCCAUGUUAGCUGCUUCGGAUGAAGGUCGAGCUCAAUUUGUAGGCAUUAAUACUGAUACAUUUCCAAUUCAUCUUCCAAAUUCAUCAUCAUCUGUCUCUAAUUCUCAAUCAUCUACUCAACCAUCUGCAAGUAAAAGUAGUCGUCAUAAAGCAGAAAAAUCAGCAACAUCAUCAUCGAUCAUUUUUAUUAUUGAUGAUGUAACAUAUCCAAUACCAUUUGACAAAGCUCUCGAUACUGUUUAUAUACCUGUACAGUUUUCUAACACAAAUAAUACUCAAUAA